CCUACCAUUUACUGUCUACUGCCUUUGUUGAGUAGAUGGUGCUGUAUUGCUCAGUCACCAGGGUAGGUGGCGCUGUAGGCCAGCAGAGUAGGAACAGCCUGUUCAGUCACGUUGUCCUAGUAAUGCUCGUUGACUGGUGUGAGACAGGCACAACCAUUGACAGUAUCAGGACAGGACGACUGGCUAACAGGACACUUGACAAUAGUUGUAGAAACUGUACAAUAGCCAGUUUAAGCGGUAUCAUAAGUGAGCCCGUCGGUGCCAGUGUUUGGGCUCUUGGAGCUGUUUUUAAGUGUGUCCGUCGGUGUUUAGCUACCUUGAGUUAGCCAACAAGGUACAGGGAGCUAACCUGUUAUACCAGUUAAAGUUACAGUAACAUAGUUAACAUUAUAUAUGACAUAAAUACCAUGUGAAAACACCUUAUCUGGCCUUUUCUCCGAGGAGCUUCCUAUCUAACGUAGGUCAUACAUUAAAAUGCAUAUACAGAUAAACAUUAAUAGUUCAGUGCUAACAGUUAGUGAAUCCCAUUGAAACCAGUGACACAGUGAACAUGUAUGUUAUUCUCUAACAGUCUGAUUCAUGGGCCGAUUGAAGAAAGUCACAGUUUUAAGUGCAUUUUGUCGUUAUUUGUCACUCUUUUUAAAGAAGCUGUUGAACUUUGUCACAAUGCGUCGACUUUUAACAAGAGUCAUAAACCGAGUUUUGCUGGGUGAGCUGUUCACACCAGCGAUGGGUAUAGAGGAACAAAUACACACAGAAGGCCGCCGAAGGCUGGUGGUCGGGCUGGGUAACCCAGGGAUGGAGGGUACCAGACACAGCGUCGGCAUGGCGGUGCUCGGCGCGCUCGCCACCCGGCUCAGCGUGGAUGACCGUUGGCGCCGGCAGAAACACAUUUCUGGACUGCUGAUGGAUGAAACUGAUUCCACAUUUAAUGUUUCCUCUAAAGUAUCUGUUUGUUCUCCUCUAGCUCGUAAAUAUAGCAUCAAGCCUGAAGACAUCCUGCUGGUCCACGAUGAACUGGACAAACCUCUGGGGAAAAUCACCAUCAAACAUGGAGGAAGCGCCAGAGGUCAUAAUGGAGUCCGCUCCUGUGUAGACUGUCUUCAGACUGAUGUGAUGCCCAGACUUCUGGUCGGGAUCGGCCGUCCGACAGGGAAGACACCAGUGGACCGUCACGUCCUGGGCAAGUUCUCCUCAGAUGAGAAGAAAGUUCUGGACUCUGUUCUAGUCCAGAGCGUGGACCUCCUCCUCAAACAGCUCUCUGAGCAAGACUCCCAACAGGACCCCCAGUCCCCCUCCUCACCAGCAGGGGGCAGACGCGCAGCACAGAAGAGGAAGGAGCCCUCGGCCUCUCCAGCUGAGGACUCUGCUGCUGCUCAGAGCUGAAGCUCAAAGUUUCUGAACUCAGGCAGAAAGAGAAAUCAUGAACCUUUGCAGAGAGAUUAUUUAUUGAGAAUCAAGAGGGAACGCUUUGACAAGAAGGAAAUGCUUUCUAAAACAAAGCACUCAUAAAUGUAUAUAUUUGACAGCUGAGGGGGUUGAGACAAGCAUUGGGAUUGAUGAGAGAAUAUUAUACAGUAAGUGAUGUUACGCUGUCAGUGCAACAGAGGAUGAUACUGGACAGAGACCUGCAGAAAGACUCAAGCAGGCAUGAUGCAUAUAUGA